AUGGAGUUCAAACAAGUCCCACCAAAUCAUCGUCUCGCUCUCGUAGUUAUGCGUUUCCGUGGUCAUGCAGCUACAUGGUGGAAGCAAUUAAAAACCACUCGGUCACGUACGGGUAAAGAACCUAUUCACUCGUGGGAAAAACUGACAAAGCAUCUGCGUCAAACUUUCCUUCCACAUAACUACGAACGCACCAUGUAUACCAGGCUACAGAACUUGCGCCAAGGCAACCGCACCGUCGACGAGUACGCGGAAGAAUUUUCACUGUUAUUGACUUGUAAUGAAAUCAAUGACAGUCAAGUUCAGCUCGUAUCUCGUUUUAUUGGAGGCCUACGACCUCAACUACAAUCAUCUAUGGCUCAAUUCGACCCAUCCACAAUUGGUGAAGCUCAUCGACGUGCCGCCUCUUUUGAACAACAGUCUCGGUCGGGCAACUGGAGUUCAUCCUCCACACGACCACGUGCUCAAGACCAGACAGCCAGCACGACUCCUCCUACCGCUACAACAGAUGCUUCAACAUCAGCCACAAAGCCUGCAACGCAGGAUGAGCAGCAACUUCGCCGUUCGACGCGACCUAGUACGGAUGUGUAUGAUUCUCAGGAGGAGAACGCCCAGGAUGACGGCUCCAACAUCCACCAAACAUCGGGUGAUCAGGGACAACUCUUGCUUCUGCAUCGGUCUGUCUACCACCACAACAACCAGAUGACAAGUGAAAUAGCAAUCCGUAAGCUUGGCAUUCCCACCGAACCUCACCCAGCGCCUUAUGCAUUAGGCUGGUUGUCUGAGGGAGUCAGUGUACGUAUCACCCGACGCGCCUUGGUAUCGUUUUCAAUUGGACCAAUCUACAAAGAUCGAUUUUAUUGUGAUGUUGCAUCGAUGGACAUUAGUCACCUCAUCCUUGGGAGGCCUUGGGAGUAUGAUCGCAAAGUCGUUCACGAUGGAGCAAAAAAUACUUACAACUUCACGUGGAACAGCCAACAGAUUGUACUUCUCCCAUCUGGUGAACCUGCACCUUCGGCUUCACUAUCUCCUCCGAUAAACCAGUCGGCAUCUGUUCCACUUCCCCAACGAUCAACCACGAUGCUUUGCUCUUAUUCUACUUUUAUCUCUGAGAUGAGAUCAGAGGGUCAUGCAUUUGCCAUCAUUCCAACCUCGCCACCAUCAACACUGUCAUCAACUCCAGCUCCAUCCUUGAAGGGUGUGUUAGACGAGUUCGCUGAUGUCUUCCCAGCAAACUUACCGGAAGGAUUACCUCCGUUACGAGACAUACAACAUCAUAUCGAUCUUGUUCCUGGCGCUGCUCUCCCUAACAGACCUCACUAUCGUAUGAGCCCAAGUGAGCACGAAGAACUGCGUCGCCAAGUAGAAGAUCUUUUACGAAAGGGACAUAUUAAAGAGAGUCUGAGUCCUUGUGCUGUCCCGGCUCUCCGCGCCAUCAACAAAAUAACAAUUCGUUACAGGUUUCCAAUUCCAAGACUAGACGACCUGUUGGAUCAGAUCGGAACAGCAAAAUAUUUUUCUAAAAUCGAUCUCAAGAGCGGUUAUCAUCAGAUUCGUAUUCGUCCCGGUGAUGAGUGGAAAACAGCUUUCAAGACUCGCGAAGGUCUCUUUGAAUGGUUGGUCAUGCCUUUUGGCUUGUCCAAUGCUCCUAGCACUUUAUGA